ACAUCAACAUGUACGGAGCAGCUGAAAGUUGACAACACGGAAGAAAUCAAACGUUUAAUAUGAGUGAAGAUAACCCACCAAAAAGAUUCACUCCAUUCGACAAAGGCAUCAAACUGGUUUCAAAACCAAACGAAAUUGAUAUAUUUGAUGAUGAUCCAGAUGUUUUAAGAGCUGAAUUAUCUUGCGGCCACGUCACAGAUCCAGAGACACUGACUGAUUGUUGCAAAGCUCAGCUGGAUAAAGGACAGACUGAAUUCAGAUGUCCCCUGUGCGAGGCAGAAUGGCCAUAUGAUGAAGUACGAAAACUGGCAAAACUUACAGUGGAUGAGCAAUCCAGAUUUGAGGAAAAGCUUGGGACAAACACUGUUAAGAAGUUAAUGGACUUCAGGGAUUGUCCUGGUUGUGACACUUUAAUUGAAAGAUCAGAUGAUUCCAAUCUCUGUGUGCUGUGCUCAGUUUGCACAGCGAAGAACAAAAAACCUUUUGAAUUCUGCUGGAAUUGUAUGAGAAAGUGGAAAGGACAUCAACUUCCUACUAAUCAGUGUGGUAAUGAAGGAUGUUCCAUUCACCAGAAAUUGCUGAAAGAGUGUCCAAUGAUUACGUUAGAAUAUUUUGAAAAUGAUGCAGAGGUGCAGUGUCCAAAACUGCGUAAAUGUCCACAUUGUGACACAAUGAUUGAACAUACGAAUAGGGGAUGUAAUAACAUGACGUGCCCUAACUGUAACAUGGAGUUUUGCUUUGUUUGUUUAAAUCCUGGACAUGAAUAUGAUGAUGACAAUCCAUGCACAGUUGCACCACGGCAACACUGAUUCUUAACGAAGACAACAUGUUUUAGAUAUUGGUUUUUAUUUUAUGUCAUAUGGAUAUAUUUUUUGACAAAGUGAGGUUUGCUGUCCAAUAUGUAAGCUUUUCAAGCCUUUUUUUUUUUUUAAAUUGACAUUUAUUCACUUUAUAACUGAAAAAGUGGAAACUCUGUAAGACACAAUUUGAAGCUUGUUUCAAUUUGAUCCAUUCAGCAAUAGUGUAAAGUUAUUUAUUAUUUAAUAAUGGUGUUCAGUAAAGACAUUAAGUGAAAAAAUGCAAUAUCUCCUCUUCUGUUUUCACACUAUGUUAAAAAGUCAAAUUCCCAACUUUCUGGAAUAAAUUAAAAGCAUCAUAAAGAGACUAAAAUGUAUGUUUGAACUGUCUAAACUGAAAAUAACUUGCACUGACAUAUCAUAAAAUAUAGUGUCAUUGUUUUGUCUCAAGAUGCACACCAAUAAUGUUUUUGAAAGGUAUGUUUGUUGAAACUACUUAAAAUGUCUUAAUAUAACUAAGGCCUAGUCUUGGCUUAAACAAAAACCUGUCUGGGGUAUCCGCCCAUAAUGUUACCUGUUGAAUAACCACAAAAUAGUUAUUUAUUCCCCCAUCUUUAUCCAAACGGCUCCAGGAUGAUAAACAAAGGUCUUCUGAGGGUAAUUCGUGCAGUGUUGUUGUAGAAAUAUCCAUAUUUAAAAUGUAAUAAACAAAACUACCUUUCAGUAGCGCCGCCAUUUUAGACUCCUCUGUUUUCAGGAGAGUAUUAGCCUAGUGUACAGACUUGUCUUAGUGAUGUAUGACCAAUUCGGAGGGCGGGGGCACAGAGCAGCAGCAGAGAAACCUCCGUAAGCUGC